CUCUCUUACACCCACCCCCCGCUCUCUGCAUUUUAACGAACCUCUUAACACGUGGAUAUUGUUGAAACUCUCGCUCUCUCUCGCUCGCUCCCUCUCUCUCCAUUUCACUGCCGUUUCCAUGUCACAGGCAGUGUCUAAAAACAACCCCCUCCCAAAAGCAUCUAAUACCGGGACCCUGAUGGAGCCUAUAUUGGCCAGCUAAGGGACGCACUUGUGUGUGUGUGUGUGUGUGGAAGCCUUCUGAUAGAUACACGGCCAGGAAGAGGCGAGGAAAAAGAGAGGGGGACCACAAGAAGAGAUAAUCUCAUUAAGACAAGCUUCUUUUUUUCUCAACCCAAGGGUCUGGGCCAUACAUUACCGUCCAGAUCCUGUCAAUAUCCUACCCGGGCUACAGAUUUACAUGCCGCAGCCAAGGGUGAGCAGAGUCGGAGAGUCGGAUUUGUGUGCGACCCCAGUCUGGGCUGGAUGGAUGGGAAUGGGGAGAAGGGACGACCCAUCCGGCCACCGAAUCCUGCAGAUCCUCACCAUCGUCCUCUGCCUCCCAGCAGUUAGCUGCCAGUGCCGGAUACUGAAGUGCAACUCUGAGUACCUGUCGGCCACGUCUGGGCUUCACCAGGGCGGUGAGGAGUCGGUGGAGUUCUGUGUGGCGCUGCGUGCCUACUCGCAGUGCACGCGGCGGACAGCGCGGGCGUGCCGCGGGGACCUGGCCUACCACUCGGCCGUGCACGGCAUCGAGGACCUGAUGAGCCAGCACAACUGCUCCAAGGUGGGCCCCACGCACGGGCCCGCGCCAGCGCAGCCCACCUCGCCGGACUGCAUGGUGCACUCCGACGCGCCCGAGACCUGCAACUACGAGAAGAGCCUGGCGCAGCAGGGGAGGCAGGCCAACUACACGCACUGCGGGCUCUUCGGGGACCCUCACUUGCGCACCUUCUCCGACGACUUCCAGACCUGCAAGGUGCGCGGGGCGUGGCCCCUCAUCGACAACAGCUACCUGUUCGUUCAGGUCACCAACGUAGCCGUGGUCCACUCCUCCAGCGCCACCGCAGUCAGCAAGAUUACGAUCAUCUUCAAGAGCUUCCAGGAGUGCGUCGAGCAGAAGGUCUACCAGGCGGAGACGGACGACCUGCCCGCAGCCUUCGUGGACGGCUCGCGUAACGGCGGCGACAAGCACGGGGCCAACAGCCUGUGGGUGGCGGAGAAGUCGGGCGGGCAGCACAUCGAGAUCCAGGCGCGGUACAUCGGAACCACGGUGGUGGUGAGACAGGCGGGACGCUACCUCACCUUUGCCAUCCGCAUGCCGGAGGAGAUCAUGAACUCUUUCGAGGAGAACCAGGGGCUGCAGCUGUGCCUGCGCGGCUGCCCCACCAACGAGCGCAUGGACUGGGCGCUGUUGCAGGGCCGCGGCCACCAGGACGUGCCGACGCACCGGUCUGCCGCCGCCAAGUGCAAGGAGAAGCUGCCGGUGGAGGACCUGUACUUCUGGUCGUGUGUGUUCGAUCUCCUCACCACCGGCGACAUGAACUUCACGCUGGCCGCGUACUACGCCCUGGAGGACGUCAAGACCCUGCACUCCAACAAGGACAAGUUCCACAUUUACCACCGGACAGCUGACUUGCCGCCAGGGAACUCGUGCCCCGAGGCCACUCUCCGCCACCCUCUCUCCUUCGCACUCCUGCUGCUGCUCUGCUGGAUCUGCUGCUCCCUGCCGCACCUAUAGCCGGCCACCAUCACCGCUCGCUCGCUCUCACCCCCAUCCCCCGCACCCUCCUCCCCUCCUCACUUUGUACCCCCGCUCCUUCCCUUCCUCCUGCCUCCCACCCUUUACCCCCCCCCUCCCCUGCCGCUGGCUCGUAUCUUAUUUAAGAUGCCCGCGUGCGCACACACACGACUGUGCAUCUCUCUCCCUCCCUCACUCUCUCUCUCCGUUCGUGCUGUCAGCGUCGCUGCCCGUUCGCGGUGGGCUUCCCGUUGGUUUUGUGGUUACGUGUUUGUGAUGAUCCGUGAGGCAUUUGGCGCGGUGCGCGGGAUUUGCACCAGGACGUGCCGUUGGGGGUAAACCGAGGCCAGGACCAGGCGUAACUGAUCACCCCCCCCCCCCCCCUCCCAUCCCAGCCCAUCCCUGACCAUCCCAAUCUCAGCCCCGACUUCCCACUGGGAUUCCAGGUCCUGUCUCCCCCCCACCCCUCCACUCAGUCCCAGCC